CUUUUCAAGAAAAAGUAGAGCCAUGUCUUUAUUAGCUAAAUAAACUAUGGAAGAAACCAAGAAAAAAUAAAAUUAAAAAAAGAUGCCUUCGAGGCGUACACUGCACUAAGUACAGCCUUAUAUAUCCUCACCAGUAAUUCAUUCUCACCUCACAAAGUUCUUACACAAAACACAACUUUGUUCAUUGCUUCACUUUCAAGUAUAUAUUUCUUAUCCUAAUUGUGUGAUAGUGGUAACAAAAAUGGUGUCCAAAAAGCCCAGAAUUGUGAUAAUUGGCGCAGGAAUGGCUGGCCUAACUGCUGCUAACAAGCUCUACACGACUACAACCUCGAAGGAACUUUUCGAGCUUUCGGUUGUGGAGGGUGGAACAAGAAUCGGUGGCAGAAUUAACAGUUCUGAAUUUUGUGGUGACAGGAUUGAGCUAGGUGCUACUUGGAUCCAUGGAAUUGGAGGCAGCCCAAUUCACAAAAUUGCUCAAGAAAUCAAUUCACUAAAAUCUGAGCAGCCAUGGGAAUGUAUGGAGGGGAUUUUGGAGGAUCCUUUGACGGUAGCUGAAGGAGGGUAUGAGCUUAAUCCAUCAUUUGUUGAAUCUAUUUCUAGCCUUUUCACAAAUCUGAUGGAUUUAGCUCAAGGGAAAGUGAUUGAUGAAGAUGGUGAAAUCGUUGUGCGUUUGAAGCAAGCUGCAGCCGUGACUGCCGGAAAUCUCAGCGUUGGUUCUUUUCUCCGGCAAGGCCUGGAUGCUUAUUGGCGCAUAACUAAAGACGAGAAGCUGGAUGUCAAUGGAGUUGGCAAUUGGAGUGGAAAAUCACUCCAAGAAGCUAUUUUCGCAAUGCACGAGAACACGCAAAGGACUUUUACAUCGGCCUGUAAUUUGCAUACUCUUGAUUACAAUGCAGAAAGUGAGUACGAGAUGUUUCCUGGUGAAGAAAUUACUAUUGCAAAAGGUUACUUGAGUGUGAUUCAAUCACUUACUUCUGUAUUACCGGCUGGUUUGAUCCAAUUAGGCCGGAAAGUGGUAAAAAUCGAAUGGCAGACUGAGACGAAGAAGAAUGUGGAGAUUAACAAUGGAUGGCCAGUUAAGCUACAUUUUUCUGAUGGAUCAACUAUGUAUGCUGAUCAUGUGAUUGUUACUGUUUCGCUUGGAGUUCUUAAGCAAGGAAUUCGACAAGAUUAUGGAUUGUUUAGCCCCUCAUUGCCUAGUUUCAAAACAGGAGCAAUUUCAAGGCUGGGAUAUGGUGUUGUUGACAAGAUGUUUUUGCAACUAAGUAGUUCAAAUGAUGACCAAGAAAUCAAUGGUUGCAACCCAAAAUUUCCAUCGUUGCAAAUGGUUUUUCAUCAAUCAGAUUCCAAUUUCAGGCACCCAAAAAUCCCUUGGUGGAUCAGGAGAACAUCUUCUCUAUCUCCAAUUUACAGCAAUUCUAGAGUCUUAUUAUCAUGGUUAGCAGGCAAAGAGGCCCUUCAUCUUGAAUCCCUCAAUGAUGAAGAGAUUCUAAAUGGGGUUUCCACAACUGUCUCAAACUUGUUACCCCAUAACUUGUGUAAUUCUGCAGGAGUUCCUCAACCAAAAUUUGAUAAAGUUUUGAGGACAAAAUGGGGCACUGAUCCUCUCUUCUUGGGGUCAUAUAGUUAUGUGGCCGUCGGAUCAAGUUGUGACGAUUUGGAUUCUCUGGCCGAGCCGCUACCAAAUGAUUCGUCGUCAUCAUCCUUGUCGUCUCCACUGCAAAUUCUGUUUGCAGGAGAAGCUACACACAGAACACAUUAUUCAACCACUCACGGAGCUUACUUUAGUGGUCUUAGAGAAGCUAAUAGGCUUCUUAAACACUAUAAUUGUGUUGGUGUAUGAAUAUUUGUUUGUUGCAGUGCUAGAAAUUAGGCAGCUUAUUUUCUUUGCUUUUACUUAUUUUCUACAUUCAUUUGGAAGAUUAAAAAAUUAAAAUAUAUCUUUGUUAAGCCAGUCUAUAAACUAUAAAUGUUGGGGGCAGUGAAAGGGAGAGAUGGGGACAUUUACAGAUGUGCUGAUCAAAUUGAAUGAAUUAAAGGAAGUUUCUUUUCUA